AUGAGCUCUUUUCAGCCAGAAAUCACGCCCAAUCUCUCAAAGACGCUCAAAGAUUUCAAAGUCAUCGUUAUCGGUGCUGGCUUCGCCGGGUUAGCAUGCGCUGCGGAUAUUGCCAGGCGUGGAGCUGAUGUUACUAUAUUCGAAGCUGCUGACGCCGUCAGGACAGCAGGCGACAUCAUCUUAUUCGGUCCAAAUGCCACCAGAAUCGUAGGCAAAUAUGGUAAAGGUAUCUUGGAGGAAUUAAUGAGAGUUGCCUCUCAACCAGAAUGGAUGCCUAUCAUGGACAAGCACGGAAAGCUUCUUCUGAAUCAACAAGUCGAGCAAGAAUCCGAAGGUUGGCCCAAUGCUUACGGCUAUCGUGGACACACACAGAACGUCAUGUUUCAAUUCGCCAAGCAAGUUGGCGUGAAGUUCGUCUACAACAGCAAUGUUUCCGAGUAUUUUGAGGAUGACGAGCGUGCUGGGGUUACGGUCAACGGAGUCAGACAUGAAGCGGACUUGGUCAUUGGCGCUGACGGUAUUCACAGCAAAGCGCGGUACUUUGUAACUGGGAAGGUGGACAGGCCGCAGCCGAGUGGAUUUGCACUCUACCGCGCAUGGUUUCCGCUCGAAGUGCUGCGCAAGAACCCAAUCACGAAGCCUAUCGCUGACGCUCCAUAUCCCUACUUCCAUAUCUGGAUUUGGGGAGACUGCCAUGCUAUUAUUACCACCAAUAAGGUUCUUGAUCGUGGGACUUGCUUUGCUACUCAUCGAGAUGAUCGCGAUAUUCAGGAGGACUGGACCUUACCAGGGAAAAAGUCGGACAUGCUAAAGGUGGUGGAAGGUUGCGACGAGCGCUUAGUCGAAACCGUCAAGGAGCUGGUAGAGGAGAACCUGAUAGACUAUAAGAUUCUAUGGAGAGAUCCUAUCAAGCCUUGGGUGUCUCCAAAGGGUCGAGUAUGCAUUGUUGGCGAUGCUGCGCAUCCACAUUUGGCAACCUCUGCAACAGGUGGAGCGCAGGGUGUCGAAGACGGCGCAACCAUCGCUGCAUGCCUUGAAGAAGGCGGCAAGGGAGAUGUUCCAACAGCUUUAAGAGCAUUUGAAAAGCUCAGAUUUGAGCGUACAUCUCUCACGCAGCGUAUGGGCUGGGAGUUGCGACACAGGUGGCAUCAAACGGACUGGGACGCUGUUGCUAAGAACCCCGAGUAUCUACAAUUUCGACAACCGCAUUGGCUGGUGGGAAUUGAUGCGGAAGAUUAUGCCCAUGAGAACUACGCUGCUGUCGUCUCGAAUCUCAAGAAUGGAACUCCAUUCACUCCGACGAAUGUCCCGGAAGGAUAUGUACACGAGGACUGGACUGUUGCUGAAUUGAUGGAAAAGGAGAAGGGUCAAGCAGACGAAAACUUUUUCAAGGUCAAAUGA